AUGACUUCUCUGCCGCACUCAUCAUGUUAUGAGACAACCUGAGGAUAACUUACUCAGACGACGAUGGUGGUGGACGAGCGGAUCUGGCGGCUGUUUAAGCGCCACUGGCCCCAGACCGUCACGUACUGGUGCGUGUGCUUCAGCUACGGCCUGUGCAUCGCGUUCCUUGGGCCCACCGUCGUGGACCUGCAGUGCCAGACGCGGUCCACGCUGGAGGAGAUCACCUGGGUGUUCUUCGUGCAGCAGGUCUUCAUGCUAGUUGGCAUGGCUUUUGCAGGACUCUUUAAGAGAAGACUGGACCUCUCUCUGUGUGCUCUCUUCUGGAGCACCCUCCUCAUCUCCGUGGCGUUUUCCCUCAUCCCGCUCUGUUACAACCUGUCGCUGCUGGCCUUCGUCAUGGUGAUAGCUGGCAUGGCAAUGGGGGUGGUUGAAACCAUCACGAACCUGCAGCUGGUGAAGAUCUACCAGACGGACUCAGCCAUAUUCCUACAGUUUCUGCACUUCUUCAUUGGCCUGGGUGCCCUGGUGGUCCCCCUGAUGGUCGACCCCUUCCUGUCUGAUGGCUGCUUCCUGGGCCAGAACCUGACCUCCAACGGCACCGCCGCGGCCCCCAGCCCCUACCACCCCUACGUCAUCCUGGAGCAAGAGACGGCCUGGCGACAAAACAGCUCCCUGCAGCCGCCCCCCACCGAGCGAGCGGCCGCAAGCCGCAGCGGCCUGGCCUUCUGGGUCAUGGCUCUGGUCAACCUGCCUGUCCCGCUAGUAGUGUUCAUCUUGAUGUACAAAAAGCGCUUGCUGCCUUGCUCAAGGACCGGCACUCAUCUUCUGGACAGACGAGAGCCUCAGGAGCCCGAGUCCUUCUCUUCCAAGAGUCCACCGGAGGAACAACAGCAGUGUCCUGUUGGGUUGUUCAGGUGCUUCAACGUCAGCAAGCUGAGGGACCGGCCCCCCUUUUUCUUCCUGCUGCAUGUCCUGGCAGGAGCCAUCCUCUUCUGCACUGACGGCAUUAUUGGCGCCUACACUGCCUUCGUCUUCACGUACGCCGAAACCUCCCCGCUGAAGAUGAGUCAUCAUGACGCCAGCUUGCUGACCAGUUUGUUCUGGGCCUCGGUGACUGUGGGCCGGCUGGCCUUUGUCUACCUGUCCUACCGCUUCCCUGCUGUGCGCCUCAUCCUGUUGAGCCUGCUGGGUGUUGUGAUAGUGCAGUCUCUGUUGCUGAUCUUCUACUACAGCAGUGUUUUCCUCUUCGUCGGCACGUGUUUGCUCGGCCUCUGCAUCAGCAGUGUGUUCCCCUGCAUCCUGGCCUACACCGAGGAGUUACUGGACUAUAAAGGGUGUGCUGCAACCGUGCUGGUGACCAGCGCUGGCACUGGAGAGAUGGUCUUACAGGUUAUAGUGGGCUCGGGGAUACAGCAUCGGGGCAGCUACGCCUUCCCGCUGUCUAACAUCAUUGUAGCUAUCCUGGCCUUUGGUAUUUUUAUAGUGCUCCUCUUCUUGCAUCAUCUACACAUCAAAUCUCAGAAAGAACCGUCCAAAGACGUCGCCGCGACAAACAUUCAGAGGUCAGGAGGCCCCUGACAGCCAGCGCAAGUCCUCAAAAGACAAAACACAUGGGUUAUUUUUGUUAUUUUCCAUGUUUCAUGCACAUUAUUU